AUGGGUUGCUGUUAAUCUUAAAAUUAGAUUUUAGAUAAAACAAUCGAAGAAAAAAUAAAUGGUAAAAAAUAUUUUUUUAUUUAAAUAAAACAUUAAAAUAUAUAAUUAUUAAUAUAUUUUUUACUUAUUUUUAUUAAUUUACAAUAUAUAUAUAUAUAAUAAAAAGAAGUUUAAACUACUUAAAUAGAAAUAGAUAAACAAAGUCAAUUAAAAUAUGAAAAAUCUGCAUAAAGCACGUCAUGCAAAAAUAUAAAAAAUAAUAAUAUUGUAAAUGAUUAAUCUACUUUAAAAACAAUUUCCAAAAAUAACGAUUAUAAUUAUCCUGAUAAUAUUACUAUUUAAUAAAGAUCAGCCUAAGAUAUAUUAAAUUAAUACUAAAUUGGAAAAAUAAUAGGCGAAAGUAAAACUAAUAACAAAAAUUUUAUAAAUAAAUAAAUAGGUCUUAUAGGCUGUACAUGUUUAGCAACACAUAAAAAAACAGGUUAAAUACGAGUACUGAAAGUGGUUCCUGUAAAAAAAAUAAAAGGGAAAGAAAAUCAAUAACUAUCUAAAGAAUUACAGUUAUUGAAAUAAAUAGAUCAUCCAUAUAUAGUAAAAGUAUUUGAGCAUUUUCAAGACGAAAAAUACCGAUAUAUAAUAACAGAAUAUUGUUAAGGCUAAGAAUUAUUAGAUACAAUAAAAAAUUUAUAGCCAUUAAAUGAAAAAAUAGCAUCAAAAUAUAUGAAAUAAAUAUUAUCUGCAAUUGUAUAUUGUCAUAUUUUUAAUAUAGUACAUAAGCAUAUGAAACCUGAAAAUAUAUUAUUUUUUACAAAAUAAAAUAAUAGUAUUUUAAAACUAAUUGAUUUUUCAAAAGAAAUCGAGUCUAAAUAAGAAAUCGUCUCACCUCCUUAUUAUACACCACCGGAAACUAUUACAGAAAAUAAAUAUGAUGAGAAAAGUGAUGUCUGGUCUAUUGGAAUAAUUAUGUAUAUUUUGUUAAAUGGAUAACCACCAUUUUAUGGAAAUUCAGAUUAAAAAGUAUUUGAAAAAAUUAAAAUUGGGAAAUUUGAUAUAAAUGAAAAUAUUUCUCAAGAAGCAAAAGAAUUAAUAAAUUCAAUGCUUUAAGUAGACCCUUAAAAAAGAAUUUCGGCUUCUGAGGCAUGCGCACAUCCGUGGAUUAUUAAUAAUUUUAAUGUGGAACCUUUAGAUAAUAAAAUAAAAGAAAAAUUGGUACUAUUUACCACUAAAAAUAAAUUUAGAAAUGCUGUGGCUGUACUAUUGAAUAAUAUACCUAUUUUUAUUAAUGAUAUUGAUUAAUUAAAAUAAUAUUUUGAUAAUAAUUUUGGUUUGAUUAAUAAAUAAAAAAUUAUUUAAGGUAUCUUUUUUUGA